AUGGCAUCAGUUGAGACUUCCGAUAUAUAUUAUCCUCUCUCAUGGAUAAAAACGACAACUGAUCUUAUCCUCAGUCUAUUCAGUAGUCCACAAAAGACCAAACGUUCGUUGCCCGAAGAGGCGGAAUGCGGAUCUAUCGAUGGGAUCAAAUGCUGGCUUCGAGAAGGUGCUGAUAUUGACGCAAGCGAUGCUUAUGGGUACACACCACUGAUGAAUGCUGCUAUGCUCGGUCGACUUGAUGUUGUGAAAGCGUUAAUUGAAGCCGGAGCUGAUAUACAGAAACGCGGUCAAUUCGGCUACACAGCCUUGCAUGCUGCUGCUCAAAGUGGACAUUUGGAUGUCGUACAAGCACUCGUCAAAUAUGGAGCUAGUGUUAAUUGUAAAAAUGAUGAUGGAGAUAUUCCUCUGAUUCUCGCGGUUCGUGGUACCCAUGCAGAAAUUAUCGACUAUUUGCUUAAGGCUGGUUCUGACAUUCAUCAGAAUGGUUGGCUUGGACAAUCAGCUGUUCACACAGCUAUUGCCAAUGGAGAUCAAGCAACAGCCGAUACGCUUCUGAAUCGUGAAAUGAUGAUUGGAUGCUCAUGUUCGGAAUCUCAUCGUCAUGCUCAAGAGCAUCUUCGACAAACAUCUUGUCCCACGCAUAAUUAA